ACUCAAUGGCCCAGGGUCAGGAGAAGGGAGCAAAGCUCGCGACGCUGGUUCCAGCCAAUAGGCUGGAUGGGGCCGGGAGAGAGGCGGGGCUUCCACCAACCAAUCACUACGCGCGCCCUCCUUGCCGCUCUAUGUCGCUCCGCCCUGAGCUCGCUGGUCCCAGAAGGCGCCGGGUUUCCCAAGAUGGCGGCCGACGUGUCCGUUACUCACCGGCCGCCGCUCAGCCCGGAGGCGGAGGCCGAAGCGGAAACUUCCGAGACCGUCGAUCGCCGGGCGCCCGAACAAGAGUUGCCGCCGCUCGAUCCGGAAGAGAUCCGGAAACGCCUGGAACACACUGAGCGCCAGUUCCGUAACCGCCGCAAGAUACUGAUCCGAGGCCUCCCGGGGGACGUGACCAACCAGGAAGUACAUGACCUCCUGAGCGACUACGAACUCAAGUACUGUUUCGUGGACAAAUACAAAGGGACAGCUUUUGUGACCCUGCUGAAUGGGGAGCAGGCUGAAGCUGCCAUCAACACCUUCCACCAGAGCCGCCUUCGAGAGCGGGAGCUGUCGGUUCAGUUGCAGCCUACUGAUGCUCUGCUGUGCGUGGCCAACCUGCCCCCUAGUCUGACCCAGGCGCAAUUUGAAGAGCUGGUGCGGCCCUUUGGCAGCCUGGAGCGCUGCUUCUUAGUGUACAGUGAGCGCACUGGCCACUCUAAAGGCUAUGGCUUUGCAGAGUACAUGAAGAAAGACUCGGCAGCCAGGGCCAAGUCUGACUUGCUGGGCAAGCCACUGGGCCCACGCACACUGUACGUGCACUGGACAGAUGCUGGGCAGCUGACCCCUGCGCUGUUACAUUCUCGGUGCCUCUGUGUGGACCACCUGCCACCUGGCUUCAGCGACGUGGAUGCCCUGCGCCGGGCUCUGUCAGCGGUCCAUACCCCUACCUUCUGUCAGCUGGCAUGUGGCCAGGAUGGGCAGCUGAAGGGCUUCGCCGUGCUGGAGUACGAGACAGCAGAGAUGGCAGAGGCAGCACAAGAGCGGGCAGAUGGCCUGGCCCUGGGUGGCAGCCACCUGCGUGUGUCUUUCUGUGCCCCUGGUCCCCCUGGCCGAAGCAUGCUGGCAGCACUCAUUGCUGCCCAAGCCACGGCUCUCAAUCGAGGCAAGGGACUCCUGCCUGAGCCAAAUAUUCUGCAGCUACUGAACAACCUGGGCCCAUCUGCCUCCCUCCAGCUGCUCCUCAACCCUCUGCUGCAUGGAGGUGCCAGUGGCAAGCAGGGCCUCCUGGGUGCGCCCCCUGCCAUGCCGCUGCUCAGCGGGCCUGCCCUGUCCACUGCACUGCUGCAGCUAGCCCUGCAGAGCCAGAGCCAGAGCCAGAAGAAGCCUGGGAUCCUGGGAGACUCACCUCUGGGUAACCUCCAGGCCGGGGCCCAACCUCCCAACUCCCUCCUUGGGGAAAUGUCUGCAGGGGGGGGCCUGGCCCCGGAAAUGCCGCCCCGCCGAGGGAAGCCACAGCCCUUACUACCACCAUUGCUGGGCCCCUCUGGGGGUGACCGGGAGCCCAUGGGUCUGGGUCCCCCAGCAUCCCAGCUCACUCCGCCCCCAGCCCCUGUGGGGCUCCGAGGCUCCAGUCAUAGAGGCCUCCCGAAGGACAGUGGGCCCCUGCCAACACCCCCUGGGGUCUCACUGCUGGGGGAGCCCCCAAAGGACUACCGCAUCCCCGUCAACCCCUACCUGAAUCUACACAGCCUACUUCCAUCCAGUAACCUGGCAGGCAAGGAGACCCGGGGCUGGGGAGGCUCUGGGAGAGGCCGCCGCCCAGCUGAGCCCCCCUUGCCUAGCCCUGCAGUUCCUGGUGGAGGCAGUGGUGGCAACAGUGGCAGCAAAGCCUUCCAAAUGAAGUCCCGCCUGCUCAGCCCCAUCGCCAGCAACCGCCUGCCCCCUGAGCCAGGGCUGCCUGACAGCUACGGCUUUGAUUACCCCACAGAUGUGGGACCUAGACGGCUCUUCUCCCAUCCUCGGGAACCAACCUUAGGGGCUCAUGGCCCCAGCCGACACAAGAUGUCCCCCCCACCUAACAGCUUCAAUGAGCCCCGCAGUGGUGGUGGCAGUGGGGGACCCCUCCCUCAUUUUUACUCUGGCUCACCCACCUCCUACUUCACCAGUGGCCUACAGGCUGGCCUCAAGCAGAGCCACCUCAACAAGGCUGUUGGUUCCUCCCCAAUGGGCUCCAGUGAAGGGCUCCUGGGCCUGGGCCCUGGGCCCAAUGGCCACAGUCACCUGCUGAAGACCCCACUGGGUGGCCAGAAACGCAGUUCUUCCCACCUGCUGCCCUCUCCCGAGCCCAGCCCAGAGGGCAGCUACGUGGGCCAGCACUCCCAGGGCCUCGGCGGCCACUACGCAGACUCCUACCUGAAGCGGAAGAGGAUUUUCUAAGGGGGUCGGCACCAGAGAUGCUCCAAGGGCCUGCACCAAGUUGCUUUUGGGUUUUUCUGGUAUUUGUGUUUUGUGGGAUUUUAUUUUUAUUAUUUUUUUUAUGUCCUUUCUUUGGGUAAUAGAGAAAUCUCUGCAAAAGACUUUGCUGACCAACCAGCUGGAGCUCAAGGAAUGUGGGGUAUCUGGGGCACACCAUGGUGGGCUUGCUCCUGGAGCCAAACCCUGCAGCCUUAAGAGAGAGGGGCCUGGCCUGCUCUCUUUCCCUCCCCAGCUCCUGGCCUUCUGUGCCCACUCUCCAGGCCUCCUCUCCUGCCUCGUCACUCCUGUGUUCUGGCCUUUGAGUGCCUUUGGAGGUGUCCCUGACCUGUGAGGAUCAGAGACAGUCCCCGUUUUUAAACUUCGACAAUUGACUUUGAUUUCCUUUUCUAAUUUUUAUUAUAUUUUAAAACCACCAGGAUGAUGAUCACAUCUACUUUCCCCUUCCCUCCGGAAAAGCCCCCACUUGAUUCCUUCAGGGUCUGGCCUACCCAGGCCUGUAUUCCACAUGUACACAUGUCCAACAGC